UAAUGUAUGUGUCAAUGUAUUGCUGUACUGGCAAUUUAAUAAGUACAAAUGUUUUUGGAAUCAUUGGAAUAUAAUAAACAUGAUAACUCGAUGCAAAAGUCCAUAAACCAUACACUGUGAGUUGUAUGUAUUAUGAUGGUGUUGAUGAUUAAGUCGGUUAAUUAAAUUAAUGAAAUAUCAUACACUAAUUUAAGCCAUUACUUGAUGGAAGUAUAUACAUUUUUCACACUUUUGUUUUCCUUAAAAAGUUAUUCAUCUUGUCUUCAGUUGACACACUGUAAAUGGCAGUGCUUUUAAACCCAAGUGUUCUACCAAUGUCCAUUUCUUCGUUUUUGAAGUUUAGUUAAGAAAAGUAUAGAAAAUCCAACAUUAGCCUCCACCCGUAAAGGCAGCACAUUGUGGAUUACCACGUGACACCAGAACCGUAUUGUGAUUGGCUCUGAGCUUUCACGUGACAAUAAAGGGUGGGCGUGAUUGGCUUGUUGACUUCUCAGUUGCAAUUUCUCCGCAACAAACAUUUUGCAGUCUGUAGUACCACGGUGAGACUUUUUCGCUGAGAAAAUGACAAAACGAACUUGUCCUUUCCCGGAAACCUUCUCAUCCCAAUACAAAAUACACGUCGGACAGCAGGAGCUGAAUAAUUAUAGCGUGUUUGGCAACAAAUACAGACAGGAAAUCUACUCAAAGACAAAGAACUUGCUCUUCAACGGUGCCAAGGCUGUGAUGGGCAAAAUCUGGACUGGAGAGGAGAGCAGCACCAACCCACAGCCUAAUGGACAGGCUGAGACACCUGCAUGCAGCCAGACACUGCUCAGAGGACAGACUCUGAUUGGACAAGAUGGGAGACUCACCAGAGUCAACUCUGCACAAGGUGAGCUGAUCUCACAGGCAGAUACUGCAGGCAGACAAGAGAAGAGAUCAGAUGAGUCUUUGCAGGAAAUAACUUAUUCUUUGAACCUGAAAAACAACAGAGUUGACUUCCCCAUCACCGGACCAGAGGAGGAUGAGGAGGAGAGGAGUCACUGCUGAAAUAUGGGAUACCCU